CUCAGCACUGGUGCUGGCAGGGGUGCUCCCCCUUGACCUACGCGUACGCGAGAUGGCCUCGCUAUACGUGGCCAAGAGGGGGGCGCAUCUGCCGGUGCUGGGAGACAGGGAUAUCGAGCGGGUGGCAUCGGCACUGGAGAGGCCUCAUUCAGCGGAACAAGUUGGGAUAGAGCUACGAAGCCUGGUAGACGAGGAGCAAUACCUCGAACAUCGAGGAUAUGAGGUGCGUAUAUUUACGGACGGGAGUAAGAUUGAGGGCAAGGUCGGGGCCGCGCUAUCCAUCUGGACUGGCGAGGCCGAAGCCAAAACCCUCAAACUUGCUCUCUCGCCCCACUGUACCGUCUACCAGGCAGAGCUCUUGGCCCUUUGUGAAGCUGCAAAUGAGAUCAGCCGGCGAAAAGAGAACGUUUUCGCCAUCUUCAGCGACUCCAUGGCGGCCCUUCAGACAGUGGCUGACCCGGAUUCCCUUCACGUCCUUGCGGUCCGGAUGAGGGGCGCUCUUAGUCACUGCAAAACGCAGGGCAAGAGCGUCUCCUUGUUUUGGAUUAAGGCUCACGCGGGACUUGAGGGGAAUGAGAGGGCCGAUGCCCUGGCUAAAGCGGCCGCCCUGAGGUUGAAGAAGAAACCCAACUAUGACCGGUGUCCGGUCUCAUUCGCGAAGCGUGUAAUCCGCAUGGACACGCUCGCCGAAUGGGAUCGGAGGUACAGCGCCGAACAAACGGCCUCAGUCACCAAGCUGUACUUCCCAAUCGCGUCCGAGGCAUACAGGAUAAUCAGAAAGAUCGAAAUGACCAAGGAGGUAGCACAGGCCUUCACAGGGCAUGGUGGGUUCUCCGAGUACUUGGCCAGGUUCAAGUGCAAGGAGAGCCCAGCAUGCAUCUGUGACCCUUACGUCGACGAGUCAGUGGCCCACGUGCUUCUGGAGUGUCCAGUCUUUGGCUCAGCACGAUUCGACUUGGAGGUGGAACUGGGCCAAAGACUCGAUGCGCGAGAACUCCCCAAUUUAAUGCGAAAAACCUGUGCGAGGAACUUGUUCCUAAAAUAUGCUAUAAAAAUUAUAAAGGAGGUUAAUAAAAGAAAUAAAUAGAACAUAAGAAAAUUUUAUAACAUAUAAUAUUUUAUCAUAUUAUUACUGUUGUAAAAAACCUAGUUUAAGUAAAUAGGAUUAAGUGUACAUGUACUAGGUUUAAGAUAGAAUAAGGAAAUGUAAAUAAUUAUAGAAAUAAAGAGUCCCAACAGCCCUACUCCUCCUCCCCUCCCCGCUAAUAAAAUAGCUAGGAAUGCAAAGUAUGAACGGAAUGAAUGAAAGUACGAGAGGAAUAAAUGCGAGAACUGGUAUGAUAAAGAGGCUCGGAAUGAAUGCGUGACCUAGUUUUUAAGCCCCUUAUGGGCAGGAGUAUAAACUAUAAUUAACAUUAAAACAAAACA